AGAGCUCCGGGAACCGCGUGAUUAAAAAAGCCAAAGCUUCCCCGACGACAUUCUUCACCAAUCCAAUCAUCAACCUUGAGCAAAUUCAUCGUCAUCUCAUCAUAUACCAUCGUCGGUGAAGUCGGUACAUCUGCCCGCUUUUCUCUUCUCAGUCUUUGCUCGCAGCCAACAGCUCGCGGGAGGGCCCGUACAAUGUCCGGUCAGGUGUUUGCGAAUGAAGCGAUCGCCGCCUCGCCCGCACAUGCGUCGGAGGAGCCUCGCAGCAACGACACGACCACAAUAUACAUCGACCCGCAGAGCAGCACCAGUGACCCCGUUCCCGUCCCCAUUGACCCUCUUCUGCCUGCCGAGGACGUCGUGGUGGUGGUCGUCGACGAUGUUACGGAGCAUGCAGAGUCCUCUGACUAUGCAGAAUCCUUCGCGGACGACCUUGACAUGUUUCCAGGCGACGAUGACGACGACGACGACGACGACGACGACGCCGACAUGGCUGUCUACGCCGCGGCUGACCGGCUUUCCCUCGACACAACUGAGGACGAGGCUACGGGUGCCCAGACGACGAAUGAUGCUGACAGCCUAAUGAUGGGUACUGAUAAUCGAUCCAUCAUCACACUUGACGCUCCCUCGUCCCCGCGCGAUGAACGAGCUCCGUCGACGAGAACUAUCAUGACGGAGGAUCUCCAGCUUUCUUUUCAGAAGCGUUUUGGCCGCACAUACCCAUCAAGAGACUACAUCCUGCCCAACGAUUGGGAUGAGUGUAUCCGUCUAGCUAUCCAACAUCAUCUCUGGCUUUACACGUACAACAAACGCCUUGCCAAUUCUCCCAAAAGGGAACGUGCGGCGCGUGUGCUCGACUGUGGAACUGGCACAGGACACUGGGCCUCGGAUUUCGCCGACGAUCACCCGGAAGCUAUUGUCAUUGGCGUGGACCUAAGCCCUAUACAACUGAAUGCUGUGCCCCCCAACCUCUUUUACGAAAUCUACGACCUGGAGCAGCCUUGGCCGUGGAGGGAACCCUUCGACUUCAUCUUCUUCCGCCACAUGAACACCGCCUUUGCCGACUGGGUUGAAAUCUUUGAAAAGGCUCUCGGCCAUCUCGAGCCCGGUGGCUACAUUGAACUCCAAGACAACUCCUUCCCCAUCAUGUGCGACGACGACACCAUGCCCCCCAACAGCGCCAUCGCGCGGUGGUCGACCCUCCUGAUGGAGGCCACGGAGCUCAUGGGCCGCCCCUGCAACGCCCCCUCGAGCUUCAAGCAGCUGCUCGACCUGGCCGGCUUCGAGGCCAUCGUCGAGGAGAAGACGAUCUGGCCCAUUGGGCCCUGGAACGCCGGCAACAACCACCCCCGCGACAGGGAGAUUGGCGUCUGGUGUCGCGAGAACUGCCUCGAGGCGCUCGAAGCGUCGACGAUGCAUCUCUUUACGCAAUUUUUGCACUGGUCCGAGGAGGAUACGCGCGACUUUUGCAACGAGGUCGAGAGGGAGAUUCGCGGGGGCGGUAUUCAUGCUUAUUUCACCGUAUACUGUGUUUAUGGGAGGAAACCCUACGCCUGACACUGGAAUGGGGAGAGAACGGCUGGGAGAGGAAGAGGAGGAGGAGGAGGAUGUGCAAUUUUGUUUUGAAUUAGAUCUAGUCAUGAUACCCUUGGGAUACGGAUUACUGGAGGC